CGCGCUCCCGCCGUGAGGAGUGACGUGGCACCAGUGGCACCUCGUAUUCUUCCGCAGUGUAUUCCUCGCUGCUUUCCUGCCUGUUGUGUGCUGUGCAACCUCGCGUUUGAGAAGGAUGACAACCUUGUUUUUUCAGUACAGGCUUAAUGUUUGCUUAAGACAGUGGACGCAUUGCAAAUGGCGGCAGGAGAGAUCGGCUACAUCGGUGCACGUGGGACUGUAUCAACUUCAAGGACGUAGUUUCCUGUCUCAACGGUCACAUACACGCGUGCAAAACUGUAACUGCAACUGCUUCGCAUCGAAGUGUGUAUGGUGCCACUAGCUUGGACAAUUGUUCAUCGGCCAUUUCGUUUGAGGAACUGUCGUGUUCGUCACUAAGAAUGAUCUUGGUUGAGCUGUGCAGUGCCUGUUCGGAGUUCCGAGGACUGUGUGUUCGAUGUUUGGAGUACUGCCUGGUUCAUCGGAGGUUGUCUGUCCAUGCAACAUGUGCUCCAUAUGUGUGUGUUGGGAUUAGUGAACCGUGUAUGCUUUCCAUUCGGCCAACGAUGAUGUACGGGAUUCAAUUUAAAGGUAUGUGCACGGCAAUAAAAUUUGGUGUUUCAAUUGGGAUGUCCUUGGUGCAUUUUUUUUUUUCCAAACGUGGAGGUUAUUUUAUGUUAGGGAACCCGAGAGGCAUAAUGUAUCUCGCGUAUUAAUGGGUACAAGUAUUCCUUUAAUACGUAAGGUACACUGUGGCUCCUGGCGUCAGCAGGGGUGUCGUACCAGUUGUUUCAGGGGGCACAGAGCACCGGCAGCUUUCGCAGGCCUCUUGAAGUCAUCUAGCGCAUUGUUUGAGAAAUGUGCCAGUUGAUCAGGCGGCACCUAUCCGUCACUGGGUUUAGAGUGUAUAUUGUACUGCUUGUGACGUACUUGUCUGAAAUUUGCAAUUGAAAUUGGGGUGUGCAAUUCUACAACAUUUCGCUCUUUGUCCUUUCACACGGAUUUACAGUUUGCAGCUGCUGGCAGCUCAGAAAACUGAAAUUUCGUGCUGCGUACAUGCGCAAACACCCCUUUUUUUUAAGGGUGUAAUCCUGCGCACGGUGUUCACGUACACCCUUAAGGGGGUGAGUUAUGACACUUCUUGAUUACACCCCAAAGGGUGUUUUUCGCCCAACAGAAAACACCCUUUUUCUGGAGGGUGUAACCUCUCCUAGAGGUGUUCCCAUACACCCUUUAGGGGGUGAGUUAUGACACCACCGGAUUACACCUAAAAGGGAGUAAAAAAAUUAAGAGUGCGGGGUGGAGUCUCUGUAUCAGAGGAAUUCUUCUCCGUGGAAUCGUCCAGGCAGCAACAAUAGCCCGCUUCUGGGUCAAACCGUGGUUUUUCCCGGAUUCAGGUGACCAGGUGUGUGCACCUUCCCAACCCUAUCUGGUAUUCAAACCACGUGAUUCACACCCAGGACGCUAUCUCGUAGGUGAAGGAGAUCAUUGGCAAUAAAGCGCGAAACGCGACAUUCGCACGAGGACCACUCAGUUUCAAAACAACUAAGUUUCCUAAGUUUCAAAAACAACUAAGGAAUUAACGACCUCAAGACUUCCUGGCCACUGACGUAGGCGCGACAAAAAAGUACAGAACAGCGACGUUGGAAUGAACCGCGUUUGAGAUAGUCGACAGAAGGCGCUGCGUAACAAGCACAGAACAGCGACGAGAACAUUGACCGAGUAUUCUGCGUCCGUGGAUGUAAUGGCUCGUUGGACGUACUGGCCCGAUGGAUGUGAUGACUCGUUGGAUGUACUGGCUCGUUGGAUGUAAUGACCCGUGGAUGUAGUGGCCAAAAAUGGAUGUAACGUCUCGUUGGAUGUAACGGCACAAUGGAUGUGACAACAUGUUGGACGUAACGGCUCGUUUUUGGAUGUACCGGCGCGUUGGAUGUAAUGGCACGUUGGAUGUAGUGGCACGGAAUCCUUACGCAGGAAAUAACCGCCAAUAUGCCUCAAAAUAACAGCAACGAGAAAGCACGACCAUAACUUUGCGUUCAAAAUAAUCACCUCAAAAAUUCCCAUCUAAAUAUGAAUCUUGACGAACCUAGGGGGGUUCCUAACGACGACGAACCUAAGGGGACAUUCAACAGGGGCCGAUAUGGAAGAGGCUGACAACGGCGAGCUCUUCUAUUACCGUCACCACCACCACCAGCGCCCAACAGAGAUCACUAGUGUACAAAGUAAUUGUUUCAUGAGCAAAUAUGCACUGCGACGAAUUCAGCAUAGAAAUCGCAUAUGAGAGACACACUGACGUUGCGAUAUACUAUGUAUAAUUUUUACUGGGUAUUUAAUAUAACGGAGGUUCGUGACUAAUGAUUGAAACGGUAUUCACCAGUAAUGCACGUCGCACACGGGGCAACGCUAAAACUUUAUCGUUCAGCACUCAACUGAAGGACACGUUGACCGAGAGGAAGUGAUCCAUGCUCUACAGGGAGUCAGGGACAUCUUGAGGAAGGCCAAACAAUUUUGGAAGGUUGUCGAUUUAUCGCUUUCCUAUUCUGCACUAUAAGGUCAUCAUAUAUGUCCUACACUAGCAAGUACGCUUUUCUUUUCUUAAUCACUUCGAGAUGUCCCUCAAGCGGGAUAAGCAGUAAGUUCAUCUGGAACUGUUUCCCUCUGCCUUUAAAUUCCCCACCGGGCGCAUGCGAACGCUCAUACCCUGUUGCUGUCCGCUAUUGCACGCUCGUUGUCCAAGGCGUUUCACAAGGAAAGAGAAAAAUGGUCGUUGCCCCACUCGUUUUCACUGUCCUGUCUGUUGCUGCCGUUUUUUCUGCCCUGCCAUACAACUCCUCCCAGGUAGCUGCCGAAUCCCCUCAGGCCGCUUUCCUCGGCCUUCCCUCUGGCUCUGGUCACAUCCUUCGUCCCAUCGAAAUCACUUUCUCUUGCGCCAACCGAAGCCUGGGUUACUAUGCCGAUGUCUCCAACCAGUGCAAGGUCUACCACGUCUGCAAUCCAAUCGUCGUCGCGAACAGCACCGUCGCCAUGAUGCAGUACAGUUUCUUCUGCCCCGACAACACCAUCUUCGACCAGCAAACUGUCACUUGUACCUUCCCUCCGGGCUCUGCUCCCUGCGAGCAAGCUGAGAGCUUCUACCACGAUGACAAGUCCGGCAGUGAGACGCCGUAGUUUUAGUUGGUAUCAACUGUCCUCCAGAAUGUAUCACGAACCGUAUGUGCAUCUUUAGUGUCUGAAUGUCCUAUAAAAACACUUAAAGACGACACCGACGUCGUCUUUUAAGUGUCGCCCUGCACUGUGGUUUCUAUCGAUUUUAAUGUCACGCCAGACAGCCCGAUUUUUCACCAUUUUCAAUGCCCUAGUGCCACGAAGUAUACCCCACUCUGGCCAAACCCACGUCGUUCAUCACCAGCAACACCUCAGCAUCCUAAGGCUCCCUGCCUGAACACGAAGGAUCCCUACAAGGAGUCUUCACUGACAGCUCAUUGCCAGUGGCGCCGAUUCCAAUAGGCCCGCUGUUUGUUACUACAAGAGUUGUUACACCAAUGUCACUCAUCUUCAUAACGUAUUUCUGUAAAUAAAUGUGUAUUUGUAUAAAUGUG